AUGUGCAACCGAUCAUUGAUCCUGCAGCUUCUGCUGGUGAUAACGCUCGCAUCCUCGGCACUCAGUGCUGCUUCCUGCUCCUGGCGAGCAGCUGGAAGUAACUGGUUCGGAGGCGAAAUCUGUAUCCUACAGAAAGUGUACGACGACUGUCAGGAGAAAAGCGAUUUCACCGAAUGCCUGAAGCAGAAGGCUGUGACAUCGUUGUCGAGAGCGCUUGACAUGGAUUCCAUUCAAUUGGUCGAUGGAGUAACCCUAGUCAAACAGAAUUCUUCGGAUGAUGCGGAAAACGAAACCGUCCCUGCGUUCACGGAAGCCCGUGGUUUGGAAGACCUGAGUAGCACCGACCGAACGCUACUGCAAAAGCUGGACCACUUCCUCAAGACACACACCGUUAAGCUGGAUCUGGCCACCCCAAACGAAGCUCGUGGGCCGGGCGACAAGAAAAACGGUAGCCGAUAUAUCAUUGCUGCUAUACUGACAGCCAUGGGCAUUGCUGGGCCGAUCGGUCUCAAGACUCUCGGUGCCAUUGCAUUCAAGGCUUUGGUCAUCUCGAAGGUUGCUCUCACCAUUGCCAGUAUUCUGGCGUUGAAGAAAAUUUUCAAGGCCGACCACCACGAGGAAACUAGCUUCCAGGUGCACACUGGCCAUGACAACCGCCGGAAUACCUAUUUCGUGCGUCCAGUUCGGGCUUCCGUAGAUCCGUACCGGUACUACUACGAACAACCCGUCUAUUAAAUGGCAGCAGGCAAACGACCCCACAAACACCAAAGCCAAAUAUCGAAGUCAACCAAAACCGAGAAAUAACGACAAGCAAACAAGCGACUAAAUCGUGCAAAUUAAUCUGUUUUCACAGCGGAAACCGGAAACAGACUCGAAAUGCAUGUGUUUUGAGACUGCUUUGUGAUGAACGCCAAACGCGUUCCGGCAAUCGGAAAUCAUCACAAUCAAAAACACCAAAAUCAGAAUCCCCCCCCAGAACGACGGGGUGUGACGAAGCGAAGGCAAAUGAUCAGAGGCGAAGUAAAAGAAGCGAUGUGCCUGCUACCUCUCUUGAUCUGUAGAAUAAUUGUCAUUAAUUGUUAUUUAUUUUAAUAUGUAAUUUAUUUAUUUAUUGAA